CGUCAUUUUACCCCACCAAAAACCGCGCCUCUAGCACACGGUUUGCGUUUCCCAACAGUCAAACCGCGCAUCGGGGGAGCGGUUUGCGUGGACGACGCGGAUCGCUGAGCUGGCGCGCGUUUUGGCCGUCAGAUCGCUCCCCCAUCGCGCGGUUUGAUGCACCGCCACGUGGCUACGCGUUUUGACAGCCAUGCAAGGUCAAACCGCUGCCUGGAGGCGCGGUUUCAUUAAAAACCGCUCAUUAGAGACGCGAUUUUAUAUAAACGAUGGUAUUUUUGGAAAUUAUUUGGAGUGAGUGAUAUUUUUGUAAUUUUUUUUUAAACAGUUUUGGAUUUUUUCCACGAUUUUGUCACGGAGACAGUGGUACUCCUUCCACUGGUAUUACUGUAUUAGAGAAACUAGUUAAUCUGUACAGUUCAAUAACAUAGAAAAUGAAGCACAUUAAAAAAAUGAUCGUCAGAUCGUCUGCAUUAGCCCCGCAGCCCAUUAUCUUGUGGGUGAGAUUUAUUACAGGUUAGGAACGUAGGGAAGGGAAAAGCCCAAGCAAGAGGGGACCAAUUCCAAAUCCACGUUUCACCGACGGCGUGCGGAGGCGGAGGGGCGUCGUCGGCCUCUGACCUGUCUAUCAGGCGUCAGCAGUCAGUACCCGGGCAAAUCAAAGGCCUAAACACGUAUAUAAAAAUCAACCAGCAAAAACGUUUCGGUUCUUCUUUCUUUGAUUCUCUUCCCUUCCCUUCUUCCCUUUCUCCAAUCUCCGAUCUUUCCCUCUCAAUCUCUCUCCCCAAUACUUCUUCAUCCCUUCUCUGUGAAAGUUGCUGACUUUUUUUUUGGGUCCAAAAUCUUCUUUCUUCUUCAUCUCUCCCUCUUUUCCGCUCCUUGCUCUGCCGUGGAAGAUCAAUGGCGAAGAGUAAGAGAGAGGAAAGAGAGGUGGGCAGCUUCUUCUUGGACGGAAUGAUUGAUAACAUGCCCGUCUUUGCUAAGGAGCUCAUCGCCGGCGGGGUUGCCGGUGGCUUUGCCAAGACUGUCGUUGCGCCCCUUGAACGCGUCAAGAUUCUCUUCCAGACCAGAAGAGAUGAAUACAAGGCUAUUGGACUGCUUGGUUCAAUAAACAAGAUUGCCACAAAUGAGGGGAUUAAGGGAUUCUAUAGUGGGAAUGGAGCUAGUGUUGCUCGAAUCGUACCUUACGCGGCCCUCCAUUUCAUGACAUACGAGCAGUACCGUAGAUGGAUCAUACUCAGCUUUCCUGAUGUGGGUAGGGGUCCUGUCCUUGAUCUUGUGGCAGGAUCCUUUGCUGGAGGGACUGCUGUUCUUUUCACCUAUCCGCUUGACUUGGUUCGGACCAAACUGGCUUACCAGGUUGUUGGUGCACCAACAAUGAACAUUCGUGGUGCUGUUGGUUCUGAACAAAUGUAUAGAGGCAUAGUUGAUUGUUUUUCCAAGACUUUGAAGGAGUCGGGGGCGAGAGGUCUUUACCGUGGGGUUGCUCCAUCUCUAUACGGGAUCUUCCCUUAUGCCGGCUUGAAGUUUUACUUCUACGAGGAAAUGAAACUGCAUGUCCCUGAGAAGCAUCAGAAAGACAUUUCAGUCAAAUUGGUUUGUGGCUCAGUAGCUGGCUUAUUAGGUCAGACCUUCACGUACCCUCUUGACGUAGUUAGGAGGCAAAUGCAGGUGGAAAGGCUUUCACUUUCAGCAUCUAGUAACGCUGAGUUGAAAGGAACAAUGGAAACACUCGUCAUGAUCGCACAAAAGCAAGGGUGGAAGCAGCUAUUUUCAGGAUUGAGUCUAAACUACCUUAAGGUUGUUCCAUCCGUGGCAAUUGGUUUUACAGUUUACGAUGUCAUGAAGUCGUGCCUGAGAGUACCCUCACGAGAAGCUUUAGAAGCUGUAGCUGAGAACAGGAAUAGUCAACACACGCUUCAUUCUUAGACAACGCAACCAUAUAGUUGCUAACAUUCUUCAAUGACGCCAGUAAUAAGCGAUGCAUUCAAUUCUUUACUACUCUGUAUGAUUGUUACAGUGUAAAGUAAUCCUACCUCACAGAGCGGCUGCUAAAUAAGCCUUGCAGUUGCAGUCCUGUAUAAUUUUCUAGGCCAGUGGUGGGGGAAAGCUGGAAAGGUCAGUACUUAGGACCUAAGUCUUCAUCUUCUGUACAUAGGAAAAAGGUCAAAACAUUGAAGACCCAGUUUUCAUCUAUGCUGUGUUCUGUUGUUGUUCAUCUGGAUAGCCUAAUAUAUCAUACAGCCUUUAGUGCAUGACAUAAAAGUGGACGAGUAAAACCAAGGUUUAUGC